GGAACCCGCGGACGCAGGCGCUCUUCACCGGCACCCCCCUCCUCGUCCUUAGCGAGAGCAUGUCACGCAUGACCCCGCUCCGCUUCGUCCGCGAACAGUGGGCCACCGUGCCCGAGCCCGCCCCGAACAGCGCGCGCGGCCAGACCAUCGCCAUCACGGGCGCGACGUCCGGGCUCGGGCUCGCCGCCGCCCACCUGCUCGCCCGGCUCUCGCCCACCCGGCUGAUCCUCACCGGCCGCCAACCCGUCCGGAUGCGCGAGCUCGAGAAACAGUUUGCGACGGGAGAGGACGCGCCGAGCGUGGACUGGCGAGAGAUGGACGCGGGCUCGUUCGCGAGCGUGCGCGCGUUCGCGGACUCGCUCGUGCAGGGCGCUGGCGAGCUCACGACGCUGCUCGCCAACGCCGGGCUCGCCACCCGAAAAUACGUCCAAACGCCCGACAAAUGGGAGUCGACGUUACAAGUCAACCACCUCUCCCCGGCGCUGUUGGCCGUCCUCGCCCUGCCCAAGCUCGCGCGAUCCGCGACGCCGGACUCGCCCGCGCGCAUCUUCGUCGUCUCCAGCGACGCGCACUUCCAGGUCCCGCCCGGCUCCCUCGCCGACCUCCUCCGCGCGCCCAACAUGCUCGCGCGCGCGUCCGACGAAUCCUACUGCACGCCGAGCGCCAUGAAAGCGCGCUACGCCCUCUCCAAACUACUCGUCACGGCGUUCAUCCACGAACUCGCCGCCCGCCUCCCCGCCCCCACUCCUUCCUCCUCGCCCGCACCCGCACCCGCACCCAUCCUCGCCGCCUCCCUCAACCCCGGCUUCUGCCACUCCUCGCUCACCCGCGAAGCCGAGUCCGCCUUCCCGGGCAAAUACCUCCUCCCGCUCUUCAAAUCGCUCGUCGCCCGCUCCGCCGACUGCGGCGCGCGCGCCGUCGUCCUCCCCGUCGUCGCGGAGAUCCCAAAAGAGCGGAACGGGAAGGGGAAGGGGGGGUUGAACGGGGCGUACGUGACGAACGGGGAGGUGGUGGGCGCGAGCGGGUGGGUCGAGGGAGGGAGCGAGGAGGAGAGGACGUUUAGGAGGAGGGUGUGGGACGAGACGGUCGCGGUGCUGAAAGACGUCGAUCCGCGGGUCGAGCAGGUGCUCGCGCAGUACACCACCGCGCCCACCGACGCGCAGUAAGGAGAGAGAGAGUAAGUAGAGACGCUGUUUGUUCUUCCCCCACCCCCUCCCUUCCCCUACUCGCUCUCGGUCUCUCUCUCGCUAUGUAUUCAUGUAUACGACCACGAUACACUACCUGUUUUUUUUUUUCUCUCUGCCUCUACGUCGGAGUGUUAUGUCUUUUUUCGUCUGUCC